UCCAAGAAAACGACAACAAAAUUAUCAUUCCAAACGUCAGACACUGGCAACCAAACCAAAAAAAAAAAGGGAGAAAACUCAAAAACCUCUGUUGCCUUGUUAGCGUAUGGAGCGCCGCAAUCAAACUUUACCUUUUCCAAUGUCCAAUAAUAUUUCAAGCCUAUCUGGUUCCGACGCUGAAACCCCGCUGCUAAACGACACCGUCGACGAUGCCGUUGAUUACAAAGGUCGAUCGGUUCUGAGGUCCAAAUCAGGUGGAUGGAGGUCCGCGGUGUUUAUCAUAGGUGUGGAGAUUGCAGAGAGGUUUGCAUACUACGGAAUCAGCUCCAACCUCAUAAGCUUUUUGACUGGGCCUAUGGGUCAGUCCACAGCCACGGCGGCAGAGAACGUAAACGCAUGGGACGGAACGGCGUCGUUGCUGCCUCUAUUAGGAGCUUUUCUUGCUGAUACUUUUCUGGGUCGCUACCGUACCAUCGUGGUGGCUUCUCUUCUCUACGUUCUGGGACUAGGUUUGUUGACUGUAUCAGCUCUGCUACCUUCUCUCAGAGCUUCUAUAUACCAAACCAACAAAGUGAGCAGCUCAAGUGUUUCUGAGUUCCAAGUAGUAUUAUUCUUCUUUUCUCUAUAUCUAGUGGCAUUUGCACAAGGUGGACAUAAGCCUUGUGUUCAAGCUUUUGGAGCCGAUCAGUUCGAUGGACAUGAUCCAGAGGAGUCCAAAGCCAAAAGCUCAUUCUUCAACUGGUGGUAUUUUGGUUUAUGUGCAGGCAGUUUUGCAGCAAAUUGGAUUGUUAGCUACAUACAAGACAAUCUCAAUUGGGGUUUGGGUUUUGGAGUUCCCUGCAUUGCAAUGGCUGUUGCUUUGGUGGUUUUCUUGUUUGGAACUCCAACUUACAGACAUAGAAUCAUUGUACAAGACAAGGAUAGCCCAUUUGUUAGAAUCGGUAGGGUGUUUAUCCUAGCAAUCAGGAACUGGAAAGCAAAGCCAUUAGUGCUGACAACUGAAGCAGAAUAUUGUGGAGUUCACGAAAGUUCGGAACAGUUCAAAUUUUUGAACAAAGCCUUGGCUGUACGAAAUGGUUUGAAGGAAGAAGUUAAGGUGUACUGUAGCAUGGAAGAGGUUGAAGAAGCAAAGGCUGUACUUAGACUUGUUCCAAUAUGGGGAACAUGCUUGAUAUAUGGUAUUGUGUUAGGACAAUGUUCAACUUUUUUUGUCAAGCAAGCAGCUACCAUGAAAAGAACAGUUAUGGCUGGGUUUGACAUACCAGCUGCUUCAAUUCAAUCUUUUGAUAGCCUUGCCAUUGUUCUCUUCAUUCCCAUUUAUGAUGGUAUUCUCGUCCCAAUGGCAAGAUCAUACACUGGGAAACCAUCUGGUAUCACCACGCUACAGAGAAUAGGAACUGGAAUUGUUUUAUCUGUUCUGUCCAUGGCACUCGCAGCUGUUGUUGAGACGAAAAGGCUCAAAACUGCUCAAGAAUAUGGUUUGGUUGAUAAGCCAAAUAUGACAGUUCCAAUGAGUGUGUGGUGGUUGGCUCCUGCAUAUCUUCUACUUGGUGUGGCAGAUGUUUUCACCAUGGUUGGUCUGCAAGAGUUUUUCUAUGAUCAGGUACCAAAUGAAUUAAGGAGCAUAGGACUUGCUCUUUACCUUAGUAUUUUCGGAGUGGGAAGCUUUCUGAGCGGCUUUCUCAUAUCAGCUAUUGAUGAAGUAACUGGUGGAGAUGGUCAUGACAGUUGGUUUUCUAGUAAUCUGAAUAGAGCACAUAUUGAUUAUUUCUAUUGGCUACUUGCAGUGCUUAGUGCACUAGGAUUUGCUGCGUAUUUGUAUUUUGCAAGAUCUUACAUUUAUAAACUAUGAUGAGGGUAUCACUAAGUGAUAUCAAGUUUAAUUGUAACUACUAUGCAUUACUAAUAUUCAUGAAGAUAAAUUUCCAUUUGUCUA